AUGCCCCCCAAAGACUCUACCAUCACACCCUACUUUGGCCCUAAGAUGGAAUCUCGCGCCCCAACAAAAGCCAAGGAAGCCACCAAGAGGACGACCGGAAAAGUGACCAUGACACCAUCGCCUGAGCCACAAAAUAAAGAUAAAGGCAAAGGCAAGAGGACGCUAUCAGGAUCUCCGGCACCAAUACCUGAGAAGCGACGAGACAUAAAGCCGGCAGCCAAGCCCACAACAUCGCGCCAUCUCUCACACAAAGAUGUCCCCUCGAACAAGCUCUCCCCAUCCCCAAGCUCGUCUGAUCUACCUACCCUGACUCUCACUUACCACGCUGGCGACAUCUUCGACGCACCCCCACAAACCCUUCUAAUCCACGCCUGUAACACUCAAGGUGUAUGGGGAUCAGGCAUAGCCAAAGCCUUCAAAGACGACUAUCCAAAAGCUCAUGUCAUCUACAGAGACUUCUGCACCAAAGAACACCUACUCAAAUCCAGACCGGUACCCACCGGCACCGCCUUGCUUAUCCCACCUGUGGAUGUCGGGAAGCGGCAUUGGAUCGGGUGUCUGUUCACUAGUGCAAAGUAUGGUAAGGGUAAGGAUAAGUCGGAUGUUAUUGUCGAGAACACGAAGCCUGCUAUGGAAAUGCUGUUUGAGCUGGUGAAAAUGGUGGGUACGGUUGAAACGGUCAGGAUGUGCAAGAUCAACAGUGGAGCAUUCGGGGUGAAAUGGGAGAGGACGGAAGGCGAGCUGGAAGGCAUUGUAGUUAGGGAGGGGUGGAUGGGGAGUGUGGAGGUUUGGGAACCGGAGAUGGGUUAA